ACCAGUAUCUUAAGGGAGAAGCAUAUGAAGGGUAAAGUGACGGAAGUCCUAAGGACCAUGCAGGAGGCCCAGCCCCAGACUCUGCCCCAGAUACACUCCAGCAACCGUGGCCAGUCUGCUGCCCAUCCAUCCUCCAGCAGCACCUCCCUGCUUCACGAAGAGCCAGAAGCAUGCCCUUCAGUGGAUGUGACCGAUGUCAGCCGGGCCACUCCUGCUGAUUCAGCUUCGUUGCUCAGCAACCAUCCAGAUGCCAGAUCUGCCCAGCCCUCCUACCCUCCAAGCGGCGCCACACAACUGAGCAGGAUGCCAGACCCAGGGCACCGGGGGAGCAGUGGCCCACGGGACGAGAUGCAGCCUCAGAAAAUGAAUGCGUCUGGGCACCUAUCCUCCUUCUCCUCUUUGUACCGGCCCAACUCCAAGCCCUCUGGGGCUGACCUACUGGAAAAGAAUCUUGUGGAGAUCCAGAACCUGCGCCAGCGCCUGGAGGAGUCCAUCUGCUUCAAUGAACGCCUGCAGGAGAGGCUGGAACACGUGCUCAGCAGUGCUGACCAAGGAAAAAGCACGACACAGUCUGCUCCAGGUGUCCCCCUGGCAACCCCUCAUCCUUACUCUCAGAGUCACUCUUCUGGCUCUGCCUAGGAUGUCUUGUGACAUGAUGUCUGGAUGGUCUAGAAGAAUGUUCUCCAGAACUUUUCCAGCCCUAUCCAACAGCAUUCUUGGCUGUGAACUUGGAGGCAUCGACAUUGACCUUUAAAUGAAUGGAUCAAAUUAGUAAAUUCUUAUUUAAAAAUUAUU